AACUAAAUGUUAGUAUUGAUGCUCAUGAGCUAAUAAAAACAGAGGAUUAUGAAUCAGUUUUAAUUGUUAUAAUUACAUCAUUUUCUGUUGCAGUUAUUUCAGAAUUACAAGAAAGAUUUUUAAAUUGA